GGUUUGAGGUAGGUGGCUAACGGCUUGUUCGCAAUUCAUGUUUAGCUGUAACGUUAGUUUGCUAGUAUCGUUUAAGACUUAUGUCUACAUAUUUACCAUUAUCAUGGUGGGGCAGUUGGUUUCCGUGAACUAAACGUGUCCGUAAAAUGCUACGUUGUUAUUUCUCCGUUUUGAAUUGUUAGCCAGCCAGCUAAUGUAGCUAGCUGGGUUAUGUUAUUCGAAUUUGGUGUUAGCUCAGCAAACCAUUGAGGUAUAAGACUAAGGACAUCCAGUCUCCCACGAUGGACUCAGACAUACUGAAUAUAGAGGAGAUAGUGAUGGGGAAGGGGCCACCAGAUCCCCCUGCAGAACUGACCACUGAGAAACCAGCAGAACCCUACAAACCCAUCUCCUCCUUCAAAGCACCGCCUCCACCCACCAUUCAACCAUAUCAGCAUGAGAACCUGCAGUGUUUCCAGUGCUUCAUCACCUUCUGUAACUCAAAAGCCAAGGAGAGGCACAUGAAGAAGAGCCAUCGUGAGGAGUACAAGCAGCAGCUCCAGCAGGGAGAUACUCUGUUCACCUGCUAUGUGUGUGACCGUACCUUUCCGUCCUCGGAGGAGCUGACCCAGCACCAGGGCUCACACAACAAGGAGGACAAGCCCUUCAAGUGUCCUCACUGCCAGGAGAGCUUCCGCACCUUCUCUGAGCUGACGACCCACAGGAGACAAGUUUGUCCAGAGAGGCAAUUUGUGUGUAAGGACUGUAGUGAGACCUUCCGCAGCCCUGCCCUCCUUCGUACCCACCGCUUGGCCCAGCACCCCCGUCCAGAGGCAGAGGUGGAUGAGCCAGAUGACCCUACCAAGACCCACCGCUGUGGGAAGUGCAACCGGGGCUUCGAGACCGAGUCUGAGCUAAUAAUGCACCAGGAGAACCACGCCGGUGACCAGCACUGCAACGGCAGUGCUUCGCCUGCAAAGAAGCGCGGACGGCCCUUUAAAGCAGAGGACGCAACGGUCGGAGAGAAGAAAGGGAAGAGGAGAAAGAAGAAGGAAGAGGGCACAGAGGAGGCUGAGACUGGAAACAAUGCAGAGGAGGCUGCAGCAGCUCCGGCUGAGACCAAGGGGAAAGCAGCAGCAGGAGGAGGUGGCAGGCGAGGCCGUCCUAAAGCAGCAGCAGGCGAGGAGGCCAGAGAAGAUGACAGUGAAGCCCCAGCAGAGGAGAAGAAACACAAAGCGGCUCCCGCUCCACCCAAGCAACACCCCUGCCCUGAGUGUGAGCUCACGUUCCCUGCCCUGGCCCAGCUCCGCGCCCACAAGAAGGAAAAGCACACCCCACGUAAGGCCCAUCCCUGUGAGGAGUGUGAGGAGAGCUUUGCCCGUCCCGAGCAGCUAGAAGCCCACAAGAACCGGGCACACACCAAGGGGCGUUACGCCUGCCCUACCUGUGGCAAGAGCUUUGGCCGAGCGAGCAACCUGAAGGGCCACCAGCAGAGCAGCCACCCAGAGGAGGAAGAGGAGGAGGAGGAGAAGCAAGAGGCGGCGGGCCGCAGCAAGAGAUAAUUCAGAACGGGGAAGGGGGUUUUCUGUAAAGUGAUUGGGGAGGGGGACGAAGUAUCAGAGGGGUUUUAAAGAAUUUGAAUUUGGUCAGGGGUUUUUGUUUGAGGUUGGGCGUAAAAUUUAGAUCAUACGUUUGAGGUGUUUUUAGAAUGUGAGGAAUUUCUUGCAGGAUUUUUAACAGGUGACCUGAGGUGUCCCACUGACUCUUCAGCAUUUGUCAUUUUUGGAUUGUGUUAGGAUGUUCAAGGCACACAUCACACUUGGAGUGACUGACUUACUAACCAAAAGAUGUUAGUCUUUGUUAAACCCAUCUGUUUCUUUUCUGGACUAAGAACGACAAUAAUUAGUUUUGGGUAUCGUGUUUGUUCCCACUGUUUUGAUUAUCUUUAAAUGAUGAUCAUGAGAAUUGAGUUACUGUUUUUACAUUAUUUUUAGAGGUGUAUGUAAAAUGGCUUUCAUGCUGUCUGACAUGGAGCUUUUCUUGUAUGUUUUAUGAUUUUUAUAUUGCUAAUUACUUUUUCUGUAGUAGAAGAUGAAAUGCAACCACCGUGCAUUUUCUAAAACCUGUUGGCUAUUUACUUUUUGAAAAAGAUUGUGAUAAGUGAACCAUGGAUUGUAAUGUUUGGGAGUUACAUAACGUCUCUUAGAAAUCUAUUUAUAUACGGUUUCUGGUUCAUGUAGUGGUGCAUUGUAAUGCCAAACGUUCAAUUAUGAUUAACUUCUAAAUUGUACUGCUAUUGUUAAAUGCGCAGGGCAUAAAAAAUAUCAGUGUAUUUAUCCUCUUAAAUUCAUUUGGUUUAGGCCCAAUGGUUCUUCUUUGGUGUCAUGCAUGGAUUUUAACAUAAUGUCAUCCUAAACAAUGGUUGUAAAGAAGACUAAUAGUCAAUGACUCGAAUUAGGAUAAUCCUGCCACCAGCUACACCUUGUCACCUAUAUUUCUGAUUUGUUAUACUUAAUUUAAAUGUCAUAAAUAUUCUAAUGAACUUUACAUAAAUUAUUUGGUUUAAGUUUGGCAUGAUGACGAAAUGACCAGAGACCUGAAUGGACGUGUUCUUGUUUUCAUUGUUCUCCCCAUGUAACAUGCCUGGACACUCUGCCAAUAUGUAAUAAAGGUGCCCCGAGGGCUGCUACAGAAUGAUA